GUUGACAGAACAGUUAAUGUUGGGAAUGGCCCAUAUGUGUUCAAGAUUUGUGGAGUGGUGUGUCAUGAGAUUGGCUCUUUGUUGCCUCCAGAGGGUGAUUCUGUUCCUAAAUUUGCCCAGCUAUACAUUUAUGAUACUCAGAAUGAAUUAGAUCAUAGGAUGGGUAUAUUUAGUCAGGAUGGUGAACUUGAUGAUGAUACUGCUGCUGGUGUCCAUUCUGCAUCAGUUGCUCAGUCUUCAUCUGUUGUUGGUCAGCGCCGUCAAAGAGAGGAGGUACUAGGAGUUGGCUUGGAUCGGCCAGCCCGACGUCAGCGGCGGCGUAGGGAGGAACCUGAUCCCGCUAUUGUGCGAUCUCUAACUACAAUGCUCAAUGGGUGUAACUUCCUUGUGCAAACAUUUCGUAUGGCAAAGGACAGAAUGUUUUCUCUUGAUGCUCCUGAGGUGGCUGUUCGUUUAUAUGGUCAUGAGGGUGCAGACCAUGGGAAUCGGUAUUCUUUGCCUACCGCCCCUGAGCUGGCUGCUCUUAUAGUUGAUGACCUCACUGUAGAAGCAUGUAGAUUCGAUAUUAUCGUCCAGAAGGAGGCUGGUUAUCUUCAGCGCAUCUCGCCACUGAACCCCUCUCUCAUGGCUCUCCAGUACCCGCUCCUGUUUCCUCAUGCUACCAUCGGGUUCCAUCUUGGUAUCAGGUACCGACAGGUUGAUGGUAUGCCAUCGACUGGACGCAACCAGGUGUCCAUGCUUGAGUACUAUUGUUAUCGUUUCCAUUAUAGGAAGGGCGAGCCAAAUCCUUUUACUUGCUGCGGUCGAUCGUCGCAGCAGCUUCUUGUGGACUGUUAUUCCUGUGUUGAAUCAUGUAGAUUGAGUUAUCACUUCUGGAACCAGACCAUGCUUCGGUCUGAGACAUAUCAGGGUAUUUCUGAUGCUCUUGGUGAGGGGAACUCCAGUGGCAAAAAUGUCGGGGUGCAGUAUCUUCUGCACUCGAGUUUUACUGGAGGGCCUCGGUACAUGAUUCAGAAUUACCAGGAUGGCAUGGCUAUUUGUCGUGUUUUUGGAGUGCCUGAUCUUUUCAUUACAUUUACUUGCAACCCUAAGUGGGAUGAAAUAACUGAAGCUCUUCUUAUGGAGCCUGGUCAGAGGCAUGUUGAUAGACCGGAUAUAGUUACACGUGUUUUGAAGAUGAAGAUUAAUGAAUUUAGCGGAGACGUCAGGCGGGGCGAGGCGUUUGGUCAAGUCCAUGCAUAUUUAUAUGUUGUCGAGUUCCAGAAAAGAGGCUUACCCCACAUACAUACCCUUGUGUGGCUGGAUGCCGACAUGGACGACCCCACGCCUUCUACCAUAGAUUCUUUUAUUUCGGCAGAGAUACCAGAUUAUGCUACCGAUCCAUUGGGGUAUGCACUUGUGGAGGAGUUUAUGGUGCAUGGUCCAUGUGGUGAACACAACCCUCAUUCUCCAUGUAUGAAGGACGGUGUUUGCUCUAAGCGAUAUCCCAAAGAAUUUAAUGAAGAGACUACAAUUGAUGGUCUCGGUUUUCCGGUGUACCGGCGAAGUGGGAACGACAUGUAUAUUCUGAAGAAUGGUGUUCGUGUCGACAAUCGGUGGAUAGUUCCUUACAAUAUGUCCUUGCUAAAAAAAUUCCAAGCUCACAUUAAUGUGGAGUGGUGUAAUAAGACCAACCUUCUUAAAUAUUUGUUCAAGUACCUUGCUAAGGGCCAUGAUAUGGCAAGGGCCCGGUUUCAUUCUAUGUACCAGUCUACAGGCUCUGAAUCUACUGGAAGAAAUGAGAUAGAUGAGUAUGUAAAAUGCAGGUAUUUGUCUGCGUGUGAGGCAUGUUGGCGUAUGUUCGCAUUCGACAUUCAUGUUCGAGCACCUUCUGUUGAAAGAUUAGUGGUGCACCUUGAAAAUAUGAACCGGGUUAUAUAUAGCCAGGAUGAUAACCUUACCGAUGUUGUUCGCAAUCCUUCGAAAUAUAAAACUAUGCUCACUGAGUGGUUUGUCGCUAACCAGCGGUACAUGGAUGCUCGCGAGCUUACGUAUCUGCAGUUUCCAUCAAAGUGGAGGUGGGACGCAUCAACUAAGAGAUGGCGAAGGAGGAGGCGCCAACUCAAAUUCGGCCCUCCUAUUGGCCGUGUCUACAACGUGCAUCCUAGCUGCGGAGAACUCUUCUAUCUUCGGAUGCUCCUCACGGUUGUGGCUGGUGCUACAAGUUUCAAUGACCUCAAGGUUUACCAUGGAAGGUUGCACACCUCCUUUAAGGCAGUUUGCCAGGCGCGUGGUUUGGUUGGUGAUGACAACGAGUGGUUCCUUCUAUUUGAUGAAGCCGUUCAAUGGGCUUCUUCUUAUCAGUUGCGGCAUCUAUUCAUGACUGUCUUGCUAUUUUGUGGUGUCACUGAUGGCCAACGACUUCUAGAUAAAUAUUGGCGGUUUAUGGCAAAUGAUAUAGCUUUCCAGAUUGCACGCUCUCUAAAUGAUACUGUUCAGGCAAUCCCUUCCGAAUAUUUACACAUUCAGCUGUUGCACGAGCUAUCUGUUAUGUUUGGUAAAAAUGGUUACUCCUUAUCAUCUUUCGGUAUAUCCAUUCGCAAUGCAAGGUUGCUUGGCAAUAGGUUGAUUUUAGAAGAGCUACAGUAUGACAGGAAUGAGCUUAGAGAAAUGGCUUCUUCUUUCCAUGGAAGGUUAAAUGAAGAUCAGCUCUAUAUCUACAACCAGAUCAUGCGUGCAGCCCUCAAUUCUGUUGGGGGCGUUUUCUUUGUUUCUGGUCAUGGUGGUACAGGCAAAACGUUUCUGUGGACCUCUAUUAUUGCGAGGUUACGAGCCGAUGAUCAUGUCGUUCUUCUUGUAGCUUCUUCAGGUGUAGCUUCGCUUCUGUUACCAGGUGGAAGGACGGCUCAUUCACGUUUUAGGAUACCUGUUGAAGUCAACGAGCGAAGCAUGUGCACCAUUUCCCGGGGCAGUAAUCUAGCUGAAUUAAUAGAGAAAGCAACACUCAUACUUUGGGAUGAAGCGCCAAUGACUCACAGACGUUGCUUUGAAGCGGUUGACAGAAGCAUGAGGGACAUUUUGUCUGCGAAUGAACCUUCACGGAAAUUGCUCCCUUUCGGUGGGAAGACUGUAGUUUUGGGAGGGGAUUUCAGGCAAGUGUUACCUGUUGUGGAAGGGGGCAGUAGAGCGGAAAUUGUCAACUCUUCCCUUAUGAAGUCACCCCUUUGGCAGCAUGUAACUGUCCUCAAGCUACGCAGAAAUAUGAGAUUGUCUAAUCCACAGUUGUCUGAUGAGGAACGAGCUGCUUUGGAGGAAUUUGCGCAGUGGGUCCUCGAUGUCGGUGAUGGAGCUGUGCACAUGGAUACACGAGGAGAGGCUACCCCUUCAUGGAUCUCCUUGCCACCAGAUACAGCACUGCUGCCAGACUCUGAUCCUAUUUCUGCUAUUGUUGAUGCAGUGUAUGAUUCAUUUACUCAAUGUAUUCUGAUGCAGCUUAUCUGGCAGACCGCGCCAUUGUGUGUCCUACUAAUAAAGUUGCCGACUCUAUCAACGAGACUAUUUUCUCUAAGGUGCCUGGGGAGGAGAUGCUGUUCGAGAGCUGUGAUUCUAUAUGUAAAACUCUCGACCAUGCGGCUGAUGCGGAACUGUUAUAUCCUCCUGAAUUUCUCCAUAAGAUCGAUCCUCCAAACUUUCUGCAGCAUAGGAUUUCAUUGAAGGUAGGGGUUCCAAUAAUGUUGUUAAGGAAUAUUAACCAAGCUAU